AUGCCCUCUGAAUGUCUAGUACGUUACUCCUAUCACUCAAAUUACACGUUCCCCUGUUCUCCCUUUGGCUUCUGUGGUAUGACUGAAGAGUUCUGCGUCGUGACCGACGAUGAGGAAACAUCCUGUCAAAGCAAUUGCGAGCAGCCAGAAUCAGGAGCAUCCAAUGGUGAUAUUAGGAAGCGUGUCAUAGGUUACUAUGAAGCUUGGGUACACGAUAGGGCUUGCAAUGGAAUGUCCAUUGAUCAGAUUCCUGUUGGAAGUCUUACUCAUCUUAUGUUCUCAUUUGGAUAUAUUACUCCCGGGGAUUUCCAGAUCGUACCAAUGGACGAUCUGGAUGAGAAACUAUUCACCAAGAUAGCAUUACUAAAACAACAGAAUGAAACACUCAAGGUGAUGAUUGCCCUUGGCGGGUGGACAUUCAACGACCCGGGUGUCACACAGAGUGUUUUCCACGAUGUUACAAGCACGAAGGAAAAUCGCGCCAAGUUCAUUGGUAACCUCCUUAGCUUUCUCCGCCAGUACGCCUUUGACGGUGUUAAUUUCGAUUGGCAAUACCCUGGCGCUAAUGAUCGCGGAGGUGCGGAAGGGGACGGUGAAAACUUUACCAAGCUCUUAGAGGAGCUUCGAACGGCUAUUGACGAUCAGCCCCUGGAAUAUUACCUUCGCCACUUCGAUAUCAAAGCAAGUUCAGAAGCGGUCGACUUCGUGAAUGUUAUGAUAUGGGAUGUAGAUAAUCCAAUCGGUUCAAAUGUUCUUGCACACACCAAUCUCACAGAGAUUGGCCUCGCACUGGAUUUAUAUUGGAGGAAUGAAAUCGACCCAGAGAAACUCAAUUUGGGCUUCGGGUUCUACGGCCGAACAUUUCAGCUGUCCGAUCCUACCUAUUAUAAGCCAGGCUGCCCCUUCUCUAGAGGUGCCAGCCCAGGUCCAUGCACAAAGAACUCCGGUACACUUGCCUAUCGGGAAAUCAUAGACAUCAUCAAAGAGAAUGAUUUGAAACCGUAUUACGAUGAGGAACAUCAGGUCAAGUACAUUGUGUGGAACCAGAACCAAUGGGCCAGCUACGACGAUGAAGAUACCUUCCAAGCCAAGAUUGACUUCGCAAAUGAGAGAGGACUGGGCGGCCUUUUGAUCUGGUCGGUAUGUAUCCCGAUUGAUGAAUUUUACAUGCAGAGCCUUACUAACCCAACGUCCAGCUAG